AUGGCCACGUCGAAUACAGACUCUCUCGUUUUGUUCGCUCUUUCCGCCAAAAACCACCGGGCUGAACGUGUACUUUCUCAUCCCGAGAACAGACACCUUAUCUCGACCAGAGCUGAUGGUCAGCUCACCUUCGAUAUUGGUUUCCCAUUGCGUGGGCAGUCGCCCACAACCCUUGCAACUCUAGGGAGAGGUACCAAUGCCGACAUCUUCGUGGAAGGUUCCAACAUCUCCAGGGUGCAGUGUUCUUUCGAAGUUGACCUCGAUACCGGCAUCGUUAUGUUCUAUGACCGGUCGCAUGGUUCUACGAGCCAGGUCUUUGGGAAGGACGCCACACCAUUCGAGUUCGGCCGUCCCCGAAAAGUCGUCGUUCAGGAGAGCCUCAACACCAUUAUUGGAAUGGGCGGUGAGCGAUGCGACCUCUUUCUUUUCGAGUUAGACUGGCGCCACGAACCUAGCGGAACAACGCAUGCCAUCAAGCGGUAUGGAGCUUUCCCUGGCACACGAAAGCAGCAUCCCCGUAUCACUCGAACUGUGGACGAAGCGCCAACCGAGCUGCCUUCGCAUCGCGAGACUCGACUCCACACUCCAGGGUCUCUUGUGCUCAAAAUACGAUAUAUAAAGCUAGGAAAGAUAGGGAGUGGAAGUUUUGGAGAAGUACAUAAAGCCAUCGAUGUUGACUCUGGAAAAGUGAUGGCUGUGAAGAUACUACGGCGACCUCAAGAUUUAUCACGAAGACAUGUAUGGAAGGAAACAGUGGCGCUCUCUCUGAAACGCGAGAUCGAGAUUCUUUCUGGCAUCAGCCACCCAAACGUUGUCAACUAUAUAGCAUCACAAGGUUGGUUCGAUAGUGACGUGGAGAUCUUCAUGGGCCUCAAAGAAGGAACCUUGGAGUCAUUGAUUGGAAACGGUGCUGACGCAACUACUGUUGCGGACAAUGCCUUCCCGCAUAUGCUGAGGGCGCUUGACUGCAUAGCAUUCAAGGACAUCAUCCACCGCGACGUGAAGCCGGAGAACAUUCUUUACGUGUUGAACGCAAGCGGAGAGUACCAGUUCCAGUUGGGAGAUUUUGGCUGCUGCAAUCGUGCUGUCGAGGCUGCCACAAUUUCCGGUACCCCUAUGUUCAUGGCCCCGGAGGUGCACAAAGGUGAGCGUCAGAGUUGUAAAGCAGACAUUUGGUCGCUCUUUGUGACCAUGCUGUGGACGCUGGAUGUGAAUGGAUUUCGGCACACCCACUUCAAAUCAAUGGAGCAAGUGUGGACUGCAGUCUCGUGUGCACUCUCAAGCACGGCACUGUCAAGACUUUCAGAGAUGGCAGUCGUAAACCCGCUUCAGCGUGCAUCCGCGGCGCAGAUGCUUGUCAAGUUGUUCCAUGGCAAAGGACUCAGCACCCCACUCAAACAGGUCCCAGCUCUUCAUUCCAAUUCUGUUGUUGCCGCCGAUGAUGACAGCAAAGCUAUGGUUAGAAACCCUCCUGAUUUGGCAGCUCGAGACGCCAUACAUCACAAGCAGGUUCGCGAAAGGCUAGACCCUGCUGGUCUUCAAAGGAAAGCACCGAUGGAUGUGGCCCACGUUCGCAAACGCCGUACACCCGUCCAGAUGAAGCUGGCUAAAGUUGGACAUACCAAAUGCUGA